CGGUUUAGCGAACAAUAACAAUAGCCUAGUCUUUCCUUUUCUAGUUUUUGUUAAAAUAUUAUUUUUAGUAUUGGUUUGGAUAGGAGUUCGGCUUAUUUCUUAUUCAGUUUACAUGAAUAAUAAUAAUAAUCAGCUGGAGAAGUAAGCUUAGUGGAAUUGUUGUGACCUUUUGUUUUCAACUCAGUUCCUUCCUAAACAAACCUAGUUUAAUGUAAACAAGUCAAGUGCUGCGCAGUUUUGAAUUCGCGUACAGUAGUUAUGCUAGGCCUUCGCUCAUAAUUGAACGACAAUCGUAAUGAACUGGCCGCGGUCUUCUACAGAUAUGUAAUGGAUUCCAAUUUUUAUUAAUUUAUCGAACAUGUCUGAAAAAACUCAAGGAGUUCCACCAGUUUUAAAAAUAGGCCAUUAUACUCUGGGAAAAACAAUAGGUCAUGGGAGCUUUGGAAACGUGAAAGUUGGUGAACAUCAAUUAACCAAACAUAAAGUUGCUGUAAAAAUUUUAAACCGUCAAAAAAUCAAAAGUCUCGAUGUUGUUGGCAAGAUCAGAAGGGAAAUUCAAAACCUGAAGCUAUUCCGUCACCCACACAUUAUAAAGCUGUACCAAGUUAUAAGCACCCCUACUGACAUCUUCAUGAUUAUGGAAUAUGUGUCUGGUGGCGAGCUGUUUGAUUAUAUUGUUAAGCAUGGAAAGCUUAAGGAGUUUGAAGCGAGGCGAUUCUUCCAACAAAUAAUCUCCGGAGUGGACUAUUGUCACAGACACAUGAUUGUUCAUAGAGACCUCAAGCCAGAAAAUCUCCUCCUGGAUCAUAACCUGCAUGUGAAGAUUGCCGAUUUCGGUUUGUCCAAUAUGAUGAUGGAUGGGGAGUUUCUUCGCACAUCUUGUGGGUCUCCAAACUACGCAGCUCCAGAGGUGAUCUCUGGCAAGUUGUAUGCUGGGCCUGAGGUAGAUAUCUGGUCUUGCGGGGUUAUCCUCUAUGCUUUACUGUGUGGAACUCUACCCUUCGAUGACGAACACGUGCCUACACUUUUCAGGAAGAUCAAGUCUGGCGUCUUUCCUAUUCCAGAGUACCUGCAAAAGUCUGUGAUUAACCUUCUGUGUCACAUGUUGCAAGUUGACCCAAUGAAACGAGCAACCAUUGAUGAUAUCAAGAAACAUGAUUGGUUCCAAAAGGAAUUGCCAGCCUACCUAUUUCCAUCCCCUGUGGAACAGGACUCAUCAGUAAUCGAUACAGAUGCUGUACUUGAAGUUUGUGAAAAGUUUGGUGUGAAAGAACACGAAGUGCACAACGCAUUGUUAAGUGGAGACCCUCACGACCAGCUGGGCAUCGCUUAUCACCUGGUGAUUGACAACAAGCGUAUAGCUGAUGAGGCGGCCAAGGCAGAACUCAAGGAUUUCUACGUAGCCAGCAGCCCUCCACCUGUGUCCUUCAGUCCUUCAGAGCUCGCCCCCAGCCCCAUCAAGCCCCAUCCAGAGAGAAUUGCACUUUCCAGAGAACGAGCUCUCUCCCUAUCUGGGGGAAAUGAUUCAAUAGCUCUGAGAGAGCGUGCCAUGAGUCAGAUGAGUGGUGGAGAUCCAAGACCGAACCGAGGAACUCCAGUCAAGCGUGCCAAAUGGCACUUAGGCAUCCGCUCGCAAAGCAAGCCCAAUGAUAUCAUGAAUGAAGUUUAUCGAGCCAUGAAAGCCUUGAAUUUUGAAUGGAAAGUUGUAAAUCCUUACCACGUCCGUGUGCGCCAUCGCAAGACUGCAGAUUCUGAGUAUACCAAGAUGUCUCUUCAGCUUUAUCAGGUGGACUACAAGAGUUACUUACUUGACUUCAAAAGUCUCAGUAAUGAAGAAGAUUCAGCAGCCUUAUCUUUUCAAGACCCUGACAAGAUACAGCAAAUGUGCCCGGGACAUAACAUCAUGUUCUUUUUUGAGAUGUGUGCUGCUCUUAUCACCCAACUGGCACGCUAAACCUUCAUUCAGUUACCUCGUCAAUAUUCUUACUUUUUUAGUUUUAAUUUCCUUUAAAGAUUCAAGUUUGUUUAAAUGUUGUUGCAUAUACUUUAUUUUGUUGUUGUUCUCGCAGUAAUUUGUAAACAUUUUCUUUAUAGCGAUCAAUUCUUUGUAUUAACCAAGAUCAGUUUUGAGUUUUUUCACGUACUCAUUUUGCAAUUUGUUUACUUUUUACGUUGUUUGUUUACUGGUCUUUUUCAGGCCAUAAUGUUACCACAACUAUAAUUUUGUUUUAUCUUUGUUCAAUUAAAUUUUUUUCUGUGAUUGAAUACCUUAAAGCUGUUUGCCUUUGUAAUUUAUUAAGGUCUUUUGUAUUGUAACUGGAUAUAGUAUAAGGGUUGUUGUAAUGAGUUAAGGUAGUAGAGAAUUUAUAAUACUCUCUUUUAACUUUGGCUAGAUGCAGGAUGUACAACUGUGAUAUACAAAGAUACGAUUGUUACAUGAUUUUGGAAUUAAUUAGAUCACAAUAUUUUCUUUUUACAUGGUUUUUAUGACUUUUAUGGUUCUAAGCUUUUUAUGCUAAUGUUUUCUGGUGUUAAAUAAAUUUUGCAGUUAUAAACUUGACCUUUACUACAUCGUUUUUAUAUUAGUAUUAAAUAAAUAGAUAAUUUAAAAGUUAUUUUGAAAUGAUCAUACUACUUCUAUCAAGUGACAAGUGUAACUUACAAAUCAUAAUAUUAUAUAUAUGUACCUUAUUAUCAUGUUAUUUUUAUUUAAAAUUAUUUAAACCAUCAUUAUUUAAUUCUAUAAUAUUUAUUCUUUUUAGUUUACUCUCUGUAAAUCAAUCCCAGGGACUCAAUGUAGGGUGUUUUAUUAAGUAAUUUAUUAAGUAUUAUUAACAGUAGGAAUUAACUAGGGUGUCAAACAACAUUGGCUUGAUGCAUCUAAUAAUAAAAAUUUCAAAGAUUUUAGGAAUGACAAAAAUGUUCAGAGAAUAUUCACUAUACUAUAUUUUGGUGAAUGCGAAGAAAUUAAUACCUAUUGUAAUCUAUUUAAAAUGCUACAUUAAAAAAAAACAGAACUUUUUUAUUGCUUGUCAUAUUGUUUUGUAUGGUGAUGCCUUUUCAUUUCAACUGAGUAACGUACAUAUUUGUAAUGCAAAUAGUUAUAUUUAAAGAUAAAAGUUUCCAAUCCCCCCAUGAGUUUAAAAUUUUUAUUACUCAGGACAGGGGCAAUCCGAAUGUUCCCAUCUGUUUGCAAUUUUGUGUGAGCCAAUUCAAUAUUUUAUAUUGUAAAAAUUUAUUAAAUAGAGAUAUUUUGAUAUCGUUUUCAUUUGAUUGAAAAUAGUAUCCGAGUUAUUAAUAGGACUUAAAAUCUCAAAAGCUGAUCUUCCAAAAAAAAAUAUUUAUUUUAAGUGUAUAUGCCUCGUAUUCUAUUUAGAAAUAACAUAUUUAACUUGGUAAAACUUUAUAGAACUUUAUAUAACUUUAAAUCCCUUUUCCUCAAACCAUAAUGAUGCUACAUCCGAAUUACAAGUGUACAGUGUAAGCUUUUUUGUAGAUACGUUGAACUGUUAGUGUAUAUGAAUAUGCAAAUUAAUGUUACUUUUAGUUUAGUCACUAUGAAAGAAUUUAUUAUGCUAUCUUAUUUUUAUUAAAGUCGUGUUAUAAAUAAAAGAGAAAUGUUAA